AUGACGCUGUUUGCCUGGGUUCUGGCAGCUCUGUCAGCGGUCCAGAUCCGAGCGGGAGGACAUGCAGGACACGAACACCUGGCAGUCGUCCGGGUCUUCUCGACCGAGGAGGAGUUGCAGCUGCUUAACAACAGCGUCCCACAGUGGGAUAUGAACGGUUCAAUUCCGUGCACCACAAAGUCGAACAUGAGCGAGAUCGAUCUCAUCUUGGUCUACAGCAAGGACCUGGAGAUGGAUAAAGAUGCCAAGGGCCUGGUGAGUGAGAUUGAAAUGUCAUUCCACUCGAAGGAGUUCAACUGGAUGAACUGCUUCACAAACAUCAAGAACAUGUCGGCCAAGCUGAAUCCGGAGCAAGACGUCUAUGACAACCGUGGCUACACCACGAACAAGCAUUGGGUCUCCGGCCCCAAUGCCGUCUUCUCAAAGAUCAUGAUGGCCAUGAUGGAGGGCGAGUUCAACGACACGUACGACAUCUUCUUCCUCAUGGAGAUGGACGCGGUUCCCAUCAAGGAUCACUGGCUCGAUCAGUUCGAGACGGAGGCCCAUGAGAUGGCCGACAACAGCAUGGCUAUCCGCGGGAGCCAGUACCUGGGCGACAAGUGGGACCUGUUCAAAGCGAUGAUGCCUACCUACCUGGUGGAGCACAUCAACGGCAAUGCCAUGUACAACCUCAAGCACCCGUGGACCAAGGCGGUGUACGAUGCAUUCAAUAGCAUGGAUGGCGGCAACAUGAUGGAAGAAAUGGCCUUCGACGUCGCGUUCGCCAUGAUUACCAUGGAUGCGAUGUCCGGGAACACGAGCCAGUUCGCAGCUGCUUGGGCAGCUGCAGGGGGAAACAGCCAGACCUACAACUGGGACUCCAUGCUUGUGGGCAACUACGCCAACACCCUUCUGAACACCAGCUUCGAGUUCCCGACCUACAUCCGCCAUGGCUCCAGCAAGAACCUGUUCGCGAACUUGGAUGAUGAACAUGUGACGCUGGGAGUGGCAGUGUUCGAUCACCAGGGACACUUGAAGGACACCAUCCCCACGCACCACCCCUUCAAGAAAAUCCUGGCCUUGACCUAUUACCCGCAUCCGCAAAUGGUUGACAUGUACGAGGCUCCGGCCGGCAACGUGACCAUGACGACGCAGGCAGCCACGGGCGAUCCCUUUUACCACCUCUGCGAGACCGCCAGGCUCGUCGACACGAAGUGGUUCGCCCUCACGGACAACUACCACAUCAUCAAAGCACCGGUGAGCGUUCUGAUGGACAUGGGCGACAAGCCAGUGCUGCCGUACGUCCUGAGAAACUCCAAGUACUGCGGUGAGCGUCCGAACUGUGAGGCGUCCAUGUUGCAAGCAGAGGGCCUCUUCAGCAUCACCUUGAACUACCACCACGACAAGUACGAAGUGCUGUACAAGACGGAUGAUGCCAAGAUGUUCUGCGAUGCAUGGGACCUUGCAACAGGCAGCACGGCGAACGAGUCGUGGGCAAAUUGCAGCUUGUCCUUCGGACCAACCGGAGACGACUACAUCGCCUGGAAAAUCAGCGUGGACCAGAACAUCACCGAGGAGUUCACUCCUAAGGACAAGACACGCUACGGAUGGCGAGCCUGGACGAGCCUGUGGAACCCGGCCCCGGUCGACUCUCGAAUGUGCACGCCGAUGCUCUACGGCCCGAAGGAAUAUCUGGAGACGCUUGGCAACAUCUCCCACUGUGCGGUUGACUACGUUGAGAAUGCGGCGGCAUGCGAAUCUGAUACCACGUGCGAGUGGAAGGCCAUGUUCGAGUCCGGUGUGUGCUUCCAGGAUCCAAAGAGCGUCACCCCGACGACAACCGUGGCAGGAGUGACCUACAGCACCAUCGAAGUCACGUUGCCACUCACCGUGGACGAUGCGGCUGCAAUCCUCAACAACGCCACCGUGCAGGAUGCCAUGAAGACAGGUUUUGCACAGGCGAUGGACGUGCCUGUUUCGGAUGUGAUGCUUGAGAUUCAGGCAGUUCGACGCCUGACUGCUCACACCAGGAAGCUUCAGACCGAGCUGCUGGCCAUCUUCAGUGUCGUGAUGCCCAGCCUUGAGGACGCCAUCGUGAAGCAGGUGGAGAUCGAGACCAUCUCCUUGGAUGCAACCAAUGAGGCUAUCGCCAGUGCUGUCGCGAGCGUGGGCUUUUCGGGUGCCCUGGAGGUCACCGGCAAGAUGACCAUGCGCGUUCCUGAACCGACCACUACCACCACGACUACGACCACAACGACAGAGGCCAGUGGCAACACCACCACCACUACCGAGGGCGGUGACGACGGGGACGAUGGCAAGGGAGACGACGGGGACGAUGGAGACGACGGCGAUGAGGAGCCGCCCAGCUCGGCCAUCACGGGCACUGCCUCCGCCGCCGUCCUGGGACUUGCCGUCGCACUCUGGGCCUGA